UUAUUUGACCAAUAAAAAAAUAAAUAUAUUGAUAAGCAGUAAUAGGUUAUGUUUUCCACUUUUAGGCAAAGUAAAUAUAACUCAAAACAAUAAAAUGACUGGACAUACUUACAUGGAAAUAAAUGAAAUAGAUGGGUUUAUUAAGUUUUUAUUAAGUAUUGAUUGGAAGGAUCCGUGGUUAAUUGCAUUAAUAAUUUUUCACAUUUCAAUCACAUUUAUGGCAGUUUAUACAAGACAGUAUGGCACGUUUCAAGCUGUUUUAUUUUUCUGUUUAUUACUACUAGUGUAUUUCUCAGAACAAAUAAAUGAAAUUGCUGCAAACAAUUGGAAGAUAUUUUCAAGGCAACAGUACUUUGAUAGUAGUGGUCUGUUUAUUUCGGUGGUAUUUUCUAUGCCAAUUUUGCUAAAUUGUAUGCUAAUGGUCGGAAGUUGGUUGUGGCAGUCAAGGCAGUUAAUGAUGAGACUAAAACUGGCUCAGUUAAAAGAAAGUAUUCGUCAAAGGGAAAUUAACAGUAGACAACGACCUAAAGAUGAUUGAACCAGUUCCACAUUGUCCCCAUUUUCCCUUCUUCAAGUAUCUCAUUUUUACUGCAUUCAGAAUAGAGGGAUCUGAAUGUAUUUAAUAAGAUGUUACCAUUCAGUCUCUUCGUUUUUAGCUUUUAUAUGUUAUAAAAUAAUAGUAGCAUUUUAAAAAUAUUAUGAUAAAGAGGAAUAUGUGCCAUUGUUUGCUUUAGUGUGGUUGCUAGUCUACUAAAAACAAAUACUACAGAUAUAUUUUCUUUAUUGUCUUUUGUAAGAGAUAAAAUGUAAUAAUAAACCAGAUGUGAUUUGUACUUAAUGGGUAAUAAAGAGCUUUUUAUUUUGAAAA